ACAACUCCACUUGCCGCACUCCACGAGCUUUACCACUGGAUCAUGGAAAGCAGCGCAGGUGCGCGUCAACACGUAGAGGGCUACGCACCGAUCGAAAGACGGCAUCAGCUCUACGUUAUGAGCAAAGGCCCAUAUUUUUCGGCUACUCGAAGUUAUCGGAGUUUGUUUGCCGUAGUUCUGAUUUCCCAAAUGCCCUAACUACUCUGUACUCUUCUCAGCGCAGCUCCUCUAGAGAGAGGGACUGCCUAAUGGUGAAAUGGGUACUUGCUCUAGUUCCAGAUAAGUUCCUUUUUACUAUUAUCGAACUGUUUCUGUUAAUUUACCAUUCGGUUUUCCCGGUAAAUUCUGAAUGGGUUUUUGGGUGCCAUCCAAUUGAAUUAAUUGUUGGAUUCUGAGUUGAAUUCAUUACUUGCAUGCAAUUUUGGUUGUUUGCUGGUUAAAUCUUCCCAGAUCCUCUUUAUAGGCAAUCUAAGAGCGUGAUAUUCUUUAAAUUAUAAAAUCCACAGGGAUCAAGUUCUUUAAAUAUGUUUCUAGUCAUAGCUGCAAUGAACUCCUUUUUGUGUCGGUUAAAGUCCAGAGCUGGGUUUGAUUCGUCUGGUCUCUAUGAAUUGCACUUCAAAGCUGUGUUAUGAAGGAAGAAAUACAGUUAUGAACUUUAGAGGGUAACUUUUACACGGGUUUAGUUUCACACCUUUUUGUGUGACCGACUAUGGAAGGGAAGCCAUCAUCAGGUGGUCAUUUGAUGCCGGGUGGGCCAUAUGGUUGUGUAGAUUUGCAAGGACCAAUGCAGCUUCGUCGUGAACAAAACCCGUGUCUAGAUCAGCAAGAGUCUUCAGUUCAACCACAAUUACAAGAAGGUUUCCCUCUUCAGUUACUUAACUUGCAAAAACACGAUCAACCUGGCUAUUACGUUGAUCAUAAUAAGCGUGAGAGAGGGAAAAACUCGGGAAGUGAUGAUGAUGAGAUGAAUUGUGUGGAAGAAGGCGUUGAUGGGCAUGAUGGUAAAGGAAGGAAAGGGUCCCCAUGGCACCGUAUGAAAUGGACGGAGAAAAUGGUGAAACUUUUGAUCACCAUUGUAUCCUACAUUGGGGAGGAUGCUUCCUCUGGUUGUAUCACCAGUGGGAGAAGGAAGUCUUCACUUUUGCCGAAGAAAGGGAAAUGGAAGUGUGUCUCAGAGGUCAUGGCUGAGAGGGGUCAUCAUAUAUCUCCUCAGCAAUGUGAGGACAAGUUUAAUGAUCUGAACAAGAGGUAUAAGAAGCUUAAUGAUAUUCUGGGCAGAGGCACUUCUUGCAAGGUUGUUGAGAACCCAAAUAUUUUGGAUGUGAUGAAUUUACCAAUGAAGGCAAAGGAGGACGUGAGGAAGAUUUUAAGCUCAAAACAUCUGUUCUAUGAAGAGAUGUGUUCGUAUCACAAUGGGAGCCGAUUAUAUCUUCCUCAUUAUCUGGAUGUGCAGUGGUCUUUGCAAUUAGCUCUUGGAACUAAAGACGGUUGUGAGCCUCAUGACUUGAUGCCAAAAAGAGCUGAUGACUUUGAUGAAGAAGAUCAAGAUGCUGGAGCUGAUGAUCAGGAUGAGGAAAAUGGUGAAAUGUAUGCUGGCUUUCAUGAGGUCCCUGCAAAGAGGUUGAAACGAAGCAAAAAAGCUGAAGAGUUGAGUUUUUCUAAUCCUUUGAAUUUUUUGGGUCAUAACAGAGGUUUAGGUUUUCAUCUCAAAAAAGAUUAUACUGCUUUGAACCAUGUUUACUCUGAGAGUGGCAAGGCAAAUGAGUUGAGGGAGCAGUGGAUGACGCUUCGCUCACUACAGUUGGAAGAGCAGGAGUUGCAGAUUAAGGCUCAGAUGCUUGAGUUGGAAAAGCAACAUUUUGAAUGGCAUAGGAUGAGCUGGAAACAUGACAGAGAGUUGGAAAAGCUGAGGCUGGAAAAUGAAUCCAUGAAGCUGGAAAAUGAAUCCAUGGCAUUAGAACUUAACCGCAAGAAAAUGUUAAUUAAUUAGAGCUGAAUUGACACAAAGUCCAUGGAUCUACCUGUGGUUUAUGAUAUUGCAUCAAGUUCUAUUAAAUUAUAGCAAGAGUUUA